AUGUGGCUAGCCAUAGGCUCAGAGCUGGAGACUGCCAUGGAAUCCCUCAUCAACGUAUUCUACACCCACUCUGGCAAAGAAGGUGAUAAGUAUAAACUGAGAAAGAAGGAAUUGAAGGAGCUUCUGCUGGCUGAGCUUUCUGGCCUCCUGGAUACCCAGAAGGAUGCAGAUGCAGUGGACAAGGUGAUGAAGGAGCUGGAUGAGAACGGGGAUGGUGAAGGUGACUUCCAGAAGUAUAUGGUGCUGGUGGCUGUACUCACUGUGGCCUGCAACAACUUCUGGGAAAACAGUUGA